AUUUUGCUAAUCCGCAAGAGUACUUUAUUAAAAACUCAACUUUAAUCCUAAUAUUUACAUAAAGACAAAAAUAUAAUCGCAUUACUUAUUAUUACUUAUUUAUACAAAAAUACAAAAAUACAAAAGCUAUGAAUCGAGAAUAUUGUGCUGCAUAAUUGUGAUAGAGGUCCAGAAUUAUUAUAAGAACAAACAUUAGCAGUACUUAUGAGCAUAUACUAAAGCAUGAAGUUUUUAACACUGAAUUUCAUUAGAUAUAUCUAAUACAUUAACAUGUUAUCAUAUACAUACUACUGAUAUUACCUAUAUUGAAAGAUUAUCAAGAUAAGUAUGAAUUGUUAUGAGUUCAUAAAAAAAUUGUACAUAAUCUAGUUAUCAUACAGUAUUAAAAAGUAAUAAUUAGUAAUAGAUUCUAGUAGAUGAUUUAUGCCUUAUAUUAGACAAACAAAUAAAUAUAUUAUUUCCUCUCUAUUUUGUAACUUUUUAAAAUUAUAUCCUUACAAUACAAACAUUUGUAAUCAUUAUAAUAUUAACAUUCUUAUACUUUUGUGUUUAUUCAUUGUCAUAUGAUUGGUGUUUACCUUUUUAAUGUUUACUUAAAAUUUCUGACAUAUACAAAGUAAAAAAUAUGUGUUUUCAUUACAUUGUCCUUAAAUAUUAAGAAAGUAUAUAUUCUUAAAUAUUAAGAAAGAUAAAAAGAUUGUUCUUAUAUAAUAUAUGCAGUAUAAAAAUGGCUUCACCUCAAAAAUUAGCAACCAAAUUUUAUAGAAUUUCACCACAGAUAUUAAAAAAUGAUAAAAGAAUAUACUUAAGUCCAAAAACUCCUAUAAAAAAUGUUUAUAAAAAUAAUAUUGGAACCAAAAACCAAUUAUCUCCUUUUAAUAUUGAUACUCCUAACAGACAAAAAAUAUUAAAAGAUGGCUUUCCUAUCAAAUGUGGCACAUUUCUAGGAAGCGGUGGAUUCGGUAUUGUAUAUAAAGCUUUGUAUAAAGGUGAACAAGUGGCAGCUAAAAUGAUACAAACAGAAAAAUAUUCUAAUAUGUUAAAGAGUGAAAAACAUGCUUCUUUCCUAAGACAUUCCAAUAUAGUAAAAGUGUUAAUGAUAGAACAAGGUGCUUCUUUGUCUUUAAUAACAAUGGAAUUAUGUGGCACUACCUUGCAAAAUCGUCUAGAUGAAGCAAUAUUAAUUAAAAAUGAAAGAAUUUGUAUAUUAAGAAGUAUUACUUGUGCUCUACAAUUUUGUCAUAAUGCUGGUAUUGUUCAUGCGGAUGUUAAACCUAAAAAUAUUUUAAUGUCUAAAAAUGGUCAACCAAAGCUUACUGAUUUUGGUAGUUCAGUGCUAAUAGAUGCACCAAGUGAAAUUGAUAAAUUUUAUGGUACACCAGGAUAUACUGCUCCAGAAGUUAUAAAACAAAAUAGACCAACUCCUGCAGCAGAUAUUUAUUCUUUAGGAAUUGUAGCUUGGCAAAUGUUAUUUAGAAAAUUACCAUUUGCUGGAUUGCAUAGUCAUACAAUUAUUUACCUUUCUGCAAAAGGGCAUCGCCCUAUAGAUAAUAAUAUUGAUGAUGAAUUUAAAGGUACCUAUAAAACAUUAUAUAAACAAAUGUGGUCACAAAAUACUACUGAAAGGCCCACAACCAAUGAAGUAAUAACUAAAAUUGAUAUAUUAAUUUCUUCUUAA